UGAGGACGGGGAAACGGCGUUCAGGAGUUGACGGCUGGCAUGCUUGUGAUGGUAAUUGGCUGCAGAUACCAUGAGUUGAGUAUCCUAUAUUUGCCUCCGCGGUUGUGGGGAGCCAUAUGGACGGUUCGCCGCGACAAUACGUGGGACAUCCCGCUGAGCUGCUGGACGCUCCACGAGUCUGGGAGGAGCAACCUGACGCCUUCAGAGACCGUUGAGUUCCAUCUGGACCUAUCCGCAGCUUUGAGGCGGAAUAUCCCGAAGACAGCUGUGCGAAUGAUCCUUUCCUUUUGCUUCUCCUGCAGACUAGCAGUGAAAGGUCCCGCAUAUCCGUCGGAUUUUAUCGGACGAGCUAGCCGAUGACAUCGGCAGGCAUGCAUGAUUGACAGGCCAUCGCGCCGGAAAGAAAUCCCUCCUGAACAGUGCUCAGCAUAUCCAAAAAGCAAGGGUCAUUCAUUA